GUUCCUCAGAGCCAAUCAGAAGAAGGCGCCGCCGAGAGUGAAGAUUCACCUCGGCUUCUUGUGAGCUUUUGGGAACGACCAUUUUCGUCAAACUGGGUGUAGAGACAGCCGCAAGCCUGAGCCAUGGGGCGCCUCUCCCUCCUGCUCCUGGCUUUCCUGACGCCCGGGGCUGCCAUCCCGGUACCGCCGGCUCUAAGGGCCUUCAGCAACCUGCACUUGUCAUCUAGCUUCACAUCCCGCCCCGCUAUAGUCAUGAACUACUCGAUUCACUACAUCGAACAGAAGGUUGACCAUUUUGGAUUUAGCACUGAUAAAACUUUUAAACAGCGGUACCUAAUAGCUGAUAAAUACUGGAAGAAAGAUGGUGGAUCAAUACUUUUCUACACUGGUAAUGAAGGGGACAUUAUCUGGUUUUGCAAUAAUACGGGGUUCAUGUGGGAUGUGGCUGAGGAACUGAAAGCUAUGUUGGUAUUUGCUGAACAUCGGUACUAUGGCCAGUCUCUGCCCUUUGGUGUCAACUCAUUCAAGGAUUCCAGACACUUGAAUUUUCUGACAUCAGAACAAGCUCUGGCUGAUUUUGCAGAGUUAAUCCAACACUUGAAAACAACAAUCCCAGGAGCUGAAAAUCAACCCGUCAUUGCCUUGGGGGGCUCUUAUGGUGGCAUGCUUGCAGCCUGGUUCAGGAUGAAAUUUCCUCAUAUGGUGGUUGGAGCUCUUGCAGCCUCUGCCCCUAUCUGGCAGUUUGAAGAUCUGGUACCUUGUGGUGUAUUUAUGGAAAUUGUAACUACAGAUUUUAGGAAAAGUGGCCCACAUUGUUCGGAGAGCAUUCGCAGGUCCUGGGAUGCCAUUAAUCGACUCACAAGAACGGGUACUGGCUUGCAUUGGCUUUCAGAAGCCCUUCACUUAUGCACCCCAUUAACAAAUCCUCAGGAUGGUCAACGUUUAAAAGACUGGAUCUCUGAAACCUGGAUAAAUCUGGCAAUGGUAGACUACCCUUACCAGUCUAACUUUUUACAGCCUUUGCCUGCUUGGCCAAUUAAGGUAGUAUGCCAGUAUUUGAAAAAUCCCAAUGUAUCUGAUUCACAGUUGCUGCAGAAUAUUUUCCAAGCUCUGAAUGUAUAUUACAAUUAUUCAGGCCAGGCAAGAUGUCUGAAUAUUUCAGAGACAUCAACUAAAAGUCUGGGAUCCCUGGGUUGGAGCUAUCAGGCCUGCACAGAAAUGGUCAUGCCCUUCUGUACGAAUGGUAUCAAUGACAUGUUUGAACCUAACUCGUGGGACUUGCAGGUGUUUUCUGAUGAGUGUUUUAGACAGUGGGGCGUGAGACCGAGGCCUUCCUGGAUCACUGCUAUGUAUGGAGGCAAAAACAUCAGUUCCCACACGAACAUCGUUUUCAGCAAUGGUGACCUAGACCCCUGGUCAGGAGGUGGAGUAACCAAGGACAUCACGGACACCUUGGUUGCCAUCACUAUCCCCGACGGGGCCCAUCAUCUAGAUCUCCGAGCCAACAAUGCCUAUGAUCCCAAGACUGUGCUAUUAGCCCGCUCCUUGGAAGUCAGAUACAUGAAGCAGUGGAUCGGAGAUUUCUAUGCCAGUCGAAGAAAGAAGCACUAAGCAACUUUUGACCCUUUUCAGUUUCUUCUUUUAUGUUCAGUUCACCCACAUUCCCGUUCACUUUGGAUUUCUACAUGUAAUUAGUUUCCCUUGUGUAUCAUUAGAUUUGGUGGGCAAAGGUUGAGAUAGAAGAGAGGGUAGGGUGAGGGUGACGGCAGCCAUUCCACACCCCAGGUCCUCACCAUCUUUGUGCCACUCCCAGGAAGAAUCUCUUCAUGGCAGCUUUCCCACACUAUCAGUGGCCCUCAAAACUGGAGCAGAGUUCCUGACUGCCUUUCACAGGAGGGAGAGUCCAUUCCUUUGUUUCUCUGCAAGCAGGGAUUCCUCUUGGUUUUGAGAUUGAAGUCUCUGGCCCAUUUGUCACUCCCCACCUCUGCCCUCCCAAAAGGAAAAGUAGAAGACAGAUAAAAAUGAUGCAAUUGUGGCUGGUAAAAAGGAUGUCCGAUGCCAACCCAGAAAAUAGGAGCCAUUUCUUUUGUACUUGAUUUAAUGUCUUUGAACUGUGCUGUAAAUAAAGAAUAAGGCUGGACCUUA